AUGCAGUGGCGGGCGGAAAAGCCAACGAAGGUGCAGAGUGAUCUCGAGCAUCAGGCACCGAAAAACAAUCAUGCACCGGCAGAAGGUGGUCCACGGCCGCUUGGUUCAGGUACUUCACUCGCAAUCGGCGGCUUUGCCACGACUCUCACAACCCUUUCUCUCUCCCUCAUGGAAUGGCGUGGUGUAACAACCACAAACGUCUAUAUCGGUAACUUCUUCUUCGUUGCCGCCCUCGGUCUCCUCAUUACCGCGCAAUGGGAGAUGGCCUUUGCGCGGAACGGCCUUGCAUAUUCUAUAUUCAGCGCAUUCGGCUUGUUCUACGGCGGCUACGGCGCCAUCAUCACACCUUCCUUCGGCGUGCAAGAAGCGUAUGGCGGAGACAUGCGCGAGUACAACAAUGCGCUUGGAUUCUUUGUGAUCCUAUGGACGGUAUUUGUGUUAAUGUUCUUGAUCGCAGUGCUGCCAACGAACUUGGUGUACAUUUUGAUUUUUGUGUUUGUCGAGUUGGCCUUCUUGUUCAUUGCUGUGAGCUACUUUGCAGCAGCGGAUGGGUAUGCUGAGGCAAGUACGGCAACGAAAAAGGUAGGCGGGGUGAUGGCGUUUUUGGCUGGGUUGGUUGGGUGGUACUUGACUCUGCAUUUGUUGAUCAAUGAUACGAUCAUCGAGCUUCCGUUAGGCGAUACCUCGAGAUACUUUGCGAAGUCACGAAAAGCGUAG